GGUGGACGUAGCGUUCAGGCCAGUACGUUCUGAGAUUUCACAGUGAAAGGACGUGAUCUUAGAGAAAGAGAAAGAGAGAGACAGAGAGAGAGAGAGAAAGAAAAAAUCGAACGAACAAACAAACAAAAAAAUAUCUAAAUCGACGAUCCAAAAGAAAAAAAAUCCUCACCCUCAAAAGAAAGCAAACAAUUAGUCUCGUGUAAUCCGAAAAAUCCUUAAAAAAAGAGAAAAGAAAAAGAAAGAAAGAAAGAAAGAAAGAAAUAAGAAGAUUAAUAAAAGAGCUUGAAGGAGAGACAAAUAGACACAAAGAGAAUUACGAUCGAAGAUUGCAAUUAAUGAAUACAAAAAUAUCGAGGGGCUAAAAAAAAGGAAGGAAGUGAAACUAAACUAAAUUAAAUUGAAUUGAAUUGGAUUGAAUUGAAUAAGGAAGAAGGAAGAGAAAAAAAAAAAAGAAAGAAAGAAAAAGAAAAAAAGAAGAAAAAAAAUAAUAGAAGGAAAAAAAAAAAGGAAACAAUUAAGAAGAGAAUCGAAACGCGGCGAUAAUAUAAAAGACAAAGACGUUGAAGGAGUUAGAAGAAGAAUAGAAGAGGAUAGAAGAGAGAGACCUUCGCAAUGGGCUUGACAAUCAAGAUUAUCUUACUUUCCAUAUGUAUAUUGAUCUCUAACGCGGAAUCAAACGACGAACAACAGUCUGGAAGAUCUCGUGUCUCUGAAGAUCAAUUGAACAUGGCUUUGAGCGACCAACGUUACUUGAGAAGACAACUGAAGUGUGCUUUGGGCGAGGCACCCUGCGAUCCUGUUGGAAGACGCUUGAAAAGUUUGGCACCACUGGUUUUGAGAGGUUCUUGUCCACAGUGUACCCCAGAGGAGACGCGUCAAAUCAAAAAGGUCCUUUCUCACAUUCAAAGAUCCUUCCCGAAGGAAUGGUCGAAGGUUGUACAACAAUACGCUGGCGUCUCGUAGUCCUCUAUCGCGAAUAAGAAUUUAUACGAGUGUGACAAGGAUGAGAAGGACACGGCCGUGAUUGAAACAAUGACACAACGAUGAAAAUAAAGAUAAAGAAGAGAAUACGAAAAAAAAAAAAAGAAAACA